CUUUCAGUCUACCUCGGUGGUGCGCGUUUGGCGUGUCUCUCGGUGUGUGGCUCAUUGUGCGUGAGGGGGGGACACAUCGUUGGAACCGCUCACCAACGUAGGUUGCGUGCGCGUGAGUCCUGUUCCCGGACGGUGAAUAGACGUAUGUAUAAAAGGAAGGACAUAGACUGUCGUGAAAGCUUUUGCGAGUGAGAAGAGAACAUUUUCCUCGUAAUGCCCUGGGCAUGUUGUACCGACAUUCAGGUAAUACGCACAAUAGUCAUCCCCUCGGGGGGAAGGACCGGUCGUUUCUGCCCUCAUGCGAGGGAUUUUCUUUUUUGGUGUACCUGAGGUCAUACAGCACACACACUGGGCUUCGAGAGCGAGAGAGUAGUUCACAAGAUAGGAGGGGAGGGAAAGAGUAAGACUGAUAGAGGACAGAGAGUGAGAAGGGGGAAGGUAGUGGUGGAAAAAGAACUCGUCCUCCAUUACUUGCUUGCAAGCAAAUGGUGGAUCGCUGCUUAUGAGUCUCUUUGUUAAAUUCCUUUAUAUCUAUCUUCGAUCUUUUUCGAUUUACUUAUUCCUCUCGCGAUUGUUAUUCUCACAAUUCAUCUCAAACCUUUCACAAAGCGUUCGUACAGAUGUCAAUGGCACAAUUUUGCAUUGUUACCCUUAUCGCGGAUGGACUUCAGUUACAGUGUUUGUUAUGAUUCUGCCUUUGGUAUACUAUCUCUUUCGCUGCGUAGGAAAAACAUUAAUUGCGUGUUAUUUAGUCACGGUCUUCUUAUCACAGUGCGCAGCGAUUUAACACGGCAGUAUAGUGGCAUGAGUCAAUUAAUCUAUGGCAGAUCAACAAGAUCAGUUGUUGUCAGGGGGGUCUGUAGAGAAGGCCAGUGCUUCAGCAGGUACCUCUAAAAUUAGAGGGAAAAGCUCAGGCAGUGGUACAAGUGGCUAUAGAAAGCGACAAAGUAGUGGUAUCCCAGUGCCAGUAGAAGAGAAAAGACGUAGACAAACUAUUGGUGAUCCUCAACCACCUCAGGACCUUGACAACACAUCUGCACAUAGACAUUCUAUAGAUUCUUCAAAAGGAGAAGACAAGAUAAAGGGUGAACGCAGAAAUCAUGGAAGUGGUUUAGGACCAUUCCUAGAUACAGAUUGGAGACUGCAACACAAGGUUCAGCAGUCUAAUUGUGGUAUUAGUGGUAAUACAAGAGUUCGCAACACGAGGACAAGUUUGCCAGAGUUAAACUUGACAGCUAUAGAUUGUGUAGCUUCGAGGACUCGUUCUCGUACCCCACAAAAUUCAGCAACUUUAUUGCAAGCAAGCAGUAGCUACAACUUAUCAUUAAAUAGUGGCUAUAGUAAUCGAAAAUCAUCUUCGACGUACAACAACUUGGCAUCAUCAUCGAGUGCUACUCCUGUUUCUAGCAAUUCAACUACAUCAAGGGAAAGAGAUCAGACUGUAUCAUUAGGCCUGAGGAUGAGCGAAUGUCUGGAAGGAUUUGUGUCUGCUGUCAAAGCACUUUUUCCAAUAUCAACACAAACGUACCAUCAAGAAGGGUCCAAAGCACACGGUGGUGCGACCUGCACAAGUAGCAGUACGAGUAGUCAAAUCUUGGGUGUGAAGUCCAACGUCAGAGUGGGUAACACAGCUAGCAAUUCUGUGGAGAGUGGUGGGGGGGCGUUGGCACAUGACGGGGCAGGCACUAGUGGCAUUACAUCAACAGCCACUACUAAUCCAGCUGUGUCUGCCACCGCUACUGCCACCCCUGCACACCCUCAUCCUUCACAAAAACAUCCACUUCGUUCGCGUAUAAAACUUUUAAGUGAACAACCUAAGGAACUGCCAUCGAGUAACAAGACUUCAGGAAAACAUAAAAAAGAUUCCACAACGGGUUCCUGUUCUAGCUCAAGACAUCGCUCUUCAUCACGAGCACGGAAGUCAAUGGUGGAAAGUACUUCUGGAGGUACCGGAAAUAUAAUGUCAGGGAAUGAAUCUAUUACUAACAGUGCUACCCCAACAUCUGUAUCAUCUUCUAUCCCUGGUAGUCAAUUAGUUACUACUACGGGUGAAGAUGAAGGAGGGUCAGCUGUAACAUCUGCUACUGCGAGUGGAGGACCAUCUGGAUUAUCUGGUACAACAGGAGAUAGUGAAAGUGAUGAUGGUGAAGUUGGGAGAUUACAAGCAUUAUUAGAAGCUAGAGGUUUACCUCCUCAUGUAUUUGGUGCAUUGGGGUCACGAAUGCAACAUCUUUUGAAUAGAAGUAUGGGAGCAAGCUCAGCUGCAAAAGCACAACAGCUCCUAGCUGGUUUACAAGCUGUUGAUGACGAAGGCGAACAAUUACAAGCUGUCAUAGGAAUGGGAGAAAUACUUGUUAUGGGAAAUGAAGAUACAUUAACAGGUUUUCCUGUUAAACAAGUGGUUGCAGCUUUAAUAAAUUUACUUGGAAUAGAGCACAACUUCGUUAUAAUGACACAUGCUUGUCGUGCUUUGACAUACAUGAUGGAAGCUUUGCCUCGAUCUUCUACCGUUGUUGUUGAUGCUGUACCAGUAUUUCUACAGAAGCUAGAAUCAAUUGAAUGUAUGGAUGUUGCUGAACAAUGCUUAACAGCUUUAGCUAUGUUAUCCCGUCGACAUAGCAAAACAAUAUUACACGCGGGUGGUGUAUCAGCUUGUUUGAAAUUUGUUGACUUCUUCAAUAUCACGGCUCAACGCGCAGCAUUAACAAUCACAGCUAAUUGCUGUCAAAAUCUUCAUCCUGACGAUUUUCAUCUAGUCGCAGAGAGCUUACCAUUGUUAACAAACAGACUGACAAAUCAGGAUAAAAAAAGUGUUGAAUGUGUUUGCCAAGCUUUCAGUCGACUGGUUGAUAGCUUUCAACAUGACCCAGUUAUGCUACAUAAAAUUAUCAAUGCAGAACUUCUUCAAAAUUUACAACAGUUGCUUAUGAUUACACCACCUGUAAACAGUAUUGGCAACUUCAUAACAGUGCUACGAAUGUUAUCUGUGAUAUCAAAUCGCUGUCCUGAUCUGGCGCAGCUGCUUUUACAACAAAAUAUAGCUUUCACGUUAAGUUAUCUUUUAACUGGAUCUUUGGAAAUAAAAACUGAAGAUGUAGAAUUAGUACCACGUUCACCACAAGAAUGGUUUGAAAUUACUUGUUUAAUCGAAGAACUUAUGCCUCCGCUACCAACUGACGGUAUAUUCAGUGUAAAUAGUUUACUCGAAAGGACCAGUAGUCAACAAGAAACAGUCCAUUGGGAGUGGCGUGAUGAAAGGCAUUGCUGCCAUCCGUUCAGCACUAUUGAUUCUAGGAUUAUUGAGAUGGCAUUUCAAAAUGGAGAAGAUGAGAUAUGUCUUUCCACUCUAGGGAGGACAUAUACAAUAGAUUUGACUGUGAUGAAACAGAUUAAUGAGGAUAUUGGAAUGGCACGGAGUAUAUUUCGUAGAGUGAAUGCUCAUCCUGUUGAGGGUAAAAGCCCUACUUGCUCAUCUAGCAUGGACGUAGUACCUCCAGUGAUCGAAACAAAUGAAUGGUUGGUAUCUUUUAUACGAACUUUAUUCUCCGUACUCUACGAAGUGUAUAGUAGUUCAGCCGGGCCUGCUGUAAAAUGUAAAUGUUUACGUGCACUUCUUCGUAUGGUAUAUUAUGCCUCCACUGAUUUAUUAAAGGAUGUUUUGAAAAAUCAAGUUGUAUCAUCGCAUAUAGCAGGAAUGUUAGCGUCGCAAGAUUUACGAAUAGUUAUAGGAGCUCUACAAAUGGCAAGUAUCUUAAUGAAAAGAUUACCGCAAGUAUUUGGGGUCCAUUUCCAUCGUGAAGGUGUCUUACAUCAAAUACGGCAGCUAGCUGAUCCUGAAAUACCUCUUGGAGUUUCACCGCCCAAGUGCUCUUCUGGUACAUCAUUACCAAGUCCACAACCAGGUCCAUCUACACCCAUUUCUUCCACCAUGAUGUUGUCCUCUAGUAGUGCUACGUCUCCUAUUGCUUCUCCAUCGACAAAUGGUAAUAUAUUAUUUGGCGCAGUUGCAACAUGUCAAAUGAAGCCAAAUCUUACCCCUUCAAUGGAUACACAUAGUAGGACAGAUUUGAAUACCACCGUAGAAGAUGCAAGUACACCGCAAAGUGCUCAUCUAAGGAUCGGAGAUGUUUUGAAAAGAAAACGUCAAAACAAGAAAGGUCGGUUCUCUAGAUUGGGUGGUACUACGACGCAACAAACCCAACAACCAGAAUCACUUUUCACUGGUUUUACACAAAAGAAUAAUCGAUUUUUGGGAAAUCUUAAUCCUGCUAGAUGGGGAAGAAAAUCGUCAUCGUCAAGCACUGUUAGUGAUAAGAGAGACACAAGUUCUUCAACCAGUUUAUCAAAACCACCAAGUAAUCCAAAUUUAUCAGGUGGUAAUCGGGAUAAGGCAAAAGCAUGGGUACGCGAACAAGCUGCUCAAUUCCUAGCAAGAUAUCAAGAUGAUGCACCUUGCACCCAUCCAGCGUUAACGGUUCUUGCGCGACUUACAGCCGCAAUACAACGAUUACAAUCAAAUCAAUUAGACGAAAUGUUCUCAGCACUUACCGAAUUACGAGAUAUUGUACUAGAAAGUGAUAUAUCUCCCUUUGAAAUGAAUUAUAGUGGUCUUAUAAAAGCUUUGUUGAACUACCUCACAACCACAGACGCACCUGGAAAUCGUUACGAUCGUUUACGGAUGUUCUGGCAACUAUUUGCAGAAUCUACUAUACAGCAAGACAACAAUGUCGUAGAUCUUCAACCGGGAGCAUUCGGUGCUCUUGUUGCAAAAUUGAACAGUUGUGUUGCACAGUUGGAACAAUUUCCAGUAAAGGUUCAUGAUUUACCAGCAGGAUCCGGUGCUGGACGUGGAGGAACUAGUGCUCUUAAAUUUUUCAAUACGCAUCAGUUGAAGUGCAAUCUUCAGCGGCAUCCAGAUUGUAAUAAUUUAAAACAAUGGAAGGGAGGUACUGUAAAAAUAGAUCCUCUUGCGUUAGUGCAAGCAAUAGAAAGAUAUUUAAUGGUUCGUGGCUACGGUAGAAUACGGGAUGCAGAAUCUUUGGUUAGUGACGAUGAUAAUAGCGAGGAUGAUAUAGAUGAUACUUUGGCAGCAGUUGUUAUAAGUCAAGGCUCUGCAAAACACAAGCUCCAAUUUUUGAUAGGGGAUGAAGUAUUACCUUUUAAUAUGACCGUAUACCAGGCAGUAAGACAAUUUGGUUGUUCUGGUAUAGAUCAUUCAGAAGCAGAAGCAGAUGGUGAACCUCCUUUGGGACACGAUGCAGUAUGGGUGCAAACCCAUACGAUAUAUUACAGGAUACUCUUGAUCUUUGACUCAUCUGAUUGCCGAAGUUUGCAACAAGUGUACAAACCUGUACCAGAGGACGAGGCUACGACAUCUUCCAAACCAGGGUCGAGUUCACAGUGCGGUAGUAGAAAAGGCAAAGGCAAGAGUACAAAGAUCAGUUCAAAGCGAAAAGAAGAUAGUCUUUGGUUGGAAGGAAUAGUUCCAGCGCAACGAUGUCCACUUACUCCUUAUCUAUCUCCAUCUUUGCCACCAUCUGUAACCAUAUCGGAUGCUUCUUUAGACGGCUUAUGUCUAUUGCGGCUUCUACAUGCACUUAAUCGUCAUUGGGGAGUUCUAUUUCCUCAUCUGAAAAGUAUGAGCCUAUUAUCUCCACAAGAUUUCAUAAAUAACAAGAUAGCAGCAAAGGCGAGUAGACAACUGCAGGAUCCGUUAGUUAUUAUGACUGGAAAUUUGCCAUCAUGGUUGCAGCAAAUAGCAACAGUAUGCCCCUUUCUAUUUCCAUUUGAAACAAGGCAGUUGCUAUUGUACGCAACAUCCUUUGAUCGUGAUAGAGCACUCCAACGUCUUCUAGACUCUGCUCCAGAAUUGUCAGGAUCUGAUAGUCAAGAACGUGUUACUCCACGUUUAGAGAGAAGAAAAAGAACUAUUUCGAGAACGGACAUUUUAAAACAAGCGGAACAAGUUAUUCAAGAUUUAGCUUCCAGCAAAGCUCUUCUUGAAGUGCAAUAUGUCAACGAGGUCGGAACUGGCUUGGGCCCAACUUUAGAAUUUUAUGCGCUAGUCUCUAAAGAACUUCAACGUGCUGACUUGGAUCUCUGGCAUGGUAGUUCAAACCCUACGGAGACAGGUUACGUUAAUCCUAUACAUGGACUCUUCGCAACGCCAAUACCGUGGAGUACUAAAGUAUCGCAUCUUGCGAAACUCAAAACGAAAUUUAAAUUUCUUGGUAAAUUUAUGGCGAAGGCAAUAUAUGAUUCAAGAAUGUUGGAUCUACCAUUUAGUUUAACAUUUUAUCGUUGGUUAUUGGGAGAAGAACAUACGCUUACUUUAGCAGAUUUAGUAUACGUUUGUCCUGAUAUACAUCGUACCCUCACGAAAUUGCAAGAAGUGGUAAGACGAAAAGAAAUAAUGGAAAAGGAUCAAACUUUAAGAAUGACGGAAAGAGCGCAACGAAUCGAAGCGCUUGAUUUGGACGGUUGUCCUAUUUCUGAACUUGGACUUGUCUUCGAAUUACCAGGUUAUGAAAAUAUAGAACUAAGGAAAGGAGGAAGUGAUAUACCUGUCACUAUUCAUAAUUUGGAUCAAUAUAUCAAGUUGGUAACACAUUGGUUCCUCUACGAAGGAGUUUUUAGACAAAUGGAAGCAUUUCGAGAAGGAUUCGAAUCGGUAUUUCCACCAGCACAAUUACGAUUAUUUUUCCCAGAAGAAUUGGAAGCUGUAUUCUGCGGACACACACAAGGUGGUGGUCAAUGGGAUACAAAAACUCUUUUGGAAUGUUGUCGUACAGAUCAUGGUUAUACUCCAGAUUCUCGGGCUAUACGUUUCUUAUUUGAAGUCUUAUCCAAAUACAAUAGCGAAGAGCAAAGACAAUUUAUUCAAUUUGUUACUGGAUCACCACGAUUACCUGUUGGAGGCUUUAAAAGUUUGACCCCACCCUUAACGAUAGUGCGGAAAACUUUUGAUCCAUCUAUGAAAACCGAUGACUUUUUACCAUCUGUAAUGACUUGCGUAAACUAUUUAAAAUUGCCUGAUUAUACUACCUUGGAAAUAAUGCGGGAAAAAUUAAGAAUAGCAGCACAAGAAGGUCAACACUCAUUCCACCUUUCCUAGAAAUGGAUGGGAAAAUCACCGCCGCGUCUUUCUUUUUUCGCUGUCGCAUUAUAUUCAGGUUGAGACCAAUUCAAAUAUAUAUAAAAGAAAUUUUUUUUUAAAUUUCUCUUCUAUUCCAAAUCAACACAACGACAAAACACGGUUUUUAUACUUUGUAUAAAUUUGUUCGCAAUUUGUUUUAUUUUAAUUUGUCCAGACUUCUCUUUGUUCAUAAUGGGUUCAAACUAGAUGUUUAUCUUAUUACUACGUACGUUUCGGAAUGUGAUAUACUUUAUCAGAAAAAGUGCAAAAAAAAAUCAAUGAUGUUAGCCUCACCACGUAGGUUUUCUCUCUGUGGUGAUAUUAUGCGCUAGAUAAGCUUAAGUGCGCAACCUGAUUCUAGGAACUUAUCUUCGGUGUGUGUAAUGAUAAUAAAAAAAGGAAUGUAAAUAUAGUUUAAUGAGAACGCAAGUUUACAUAUAAAUACUUUAUAUUACGAUAGUAAAAAAAAAAACAAAAUUGAUAUUGCUAUAAAACUAUACUAUAACUAUAUAUAUAUAUAUGUAUUAUAUAUACAUAUAUACAUAUAUACAUAAAUAUAUAUAUAUAUACUUUAGCUCUCCCAGAGGACGUUUACUAGAUAUAAGUAAAUUUUAUAUCAGUGAUGCAUUUAGCAUCGCCAUGUGUAUCGCCAAUCUUAUGCCUCAUAAUCUACGAGGAAUUUAUGAGCUAAAAUCAGUAAAGAAAAUACAUGCUGCUACAAAGUAGCACAUGUUUUACAUCUCAACUGCAAAGAGAGCGCCAACUCGUGAAUGUGUGGCAGCAUAAUAUCAUCCUUUGUGCCCUCUUUUCUCUCAUGAUAUAGAUCGAUCUCUUAUGUUCGCCGCUUAAUCUACGGCACUUGCGAGCAUUGCACUAAUUUCGUGCAACACUCCUAUAUAUUUAAAUUUAUAAUCUACGUAUCAUUAAUUAAUUAUUAUAUUAUUUGAUAUCUUUAUUCUAGGUAAGAUAGUCGAAUUAUUACUUUACUUAACUGUGUAAGGAUGCAGCCAGCAUCGUCAGACCGUAUUCCCAUCGUGGUUGUGCGAACAGAAGAAAAUUCUUAUGUCCACUUAAAUACAGGCCAAGCAUCAUAUUUAUGGAAAAAAACAACAAAAAAUAAAACAAAAUGUAAGACUCUGUAUAAUACGAAAUAGAAAAGUUAUCAAUUAUAAGCGAA